AUGUGCUUUCUGGGCUGCACUUUUGUUUUGGUUAUGGUGCUGACUGGUCGUCGUCUGUUUUUCGGAUUAUCAUCGACGAAAUGCGAAGCUGCUAAAGAUAUUGAGGUUUCUAUUAAUCAUACUCAUCGUGUUCAUUUUCCACUCAUCACCGUUGUUCAACAAUCUCAGCGCUACCUCCAGAAGUACAGGUACAAACUGGUGGAGAAAAAUGCGUGCAAAAAUGACAGUUCGGACGUUACCUUGCUUAUAGCAGUACUUACGAACCCCUCACGGUUGUACAACCGCAUGUUUAUACGCAAGACUUGGGGUCACCGCCGUUUCUACCCGCACGUCAAAGCCAAAGUACUUUUCAUGAUGGGAUCAAGAGGUCCGAAAGAAGAUGAGAAGAUCCGCUUGGAAAGCAACCUUUACCAUGACAUCGUCCAGGAAGACUUCUUUGACUCUUACAAGAAUAUCACCUAUAAGGUGUUGAUGGUGAUGAGGUACACACUUAUGUACUGCCAGCAGGCGAGCUUCGUUCUGAAAGUGGACGACGACGUUUUCGUGAACAUUUUUGAGCUGGCCAGCUACAUUUACCACAUACGGCGGUACGUGAAAGCGAAUCAGAAAACUAUAUUUUGUGACGUCGUUAAUCAGACUUUAGUUAAUAGGGACAAAUUUCAUAGAUUCUACGUUUCUAAGGAGGAGUUCGAACCGAACUGGUUUCCAGAAUACUGCAGCGGGCCCAGCUAUUUGCUGUCCGUCGAUGUAAUAUGGACUCUUUACAACGCAGCUAUGCAUUCGAAGUAUUUCUGGAUUGAGGACGUGUACAUCACUGGCAUCCUUGCAUCACAGACCGGCGUAAGCCUACAGACUAUCAGUUCAGUGGCGUUCGGCAUAUGUCCCGCAGCAGAAUACUACAAUUUUAUUAAACAUGGUCUGUGGUGCCACCUCUCGUUUCGGCCUCAGAUACUGUACCCGCUUUGGAGGAACCUGCUUCGAUGGUAUAAUUUCGAAGUGAGCACAUCUGCCUGA